AUGCUGGCAAACGCGAGAAUUCGGGGAAUUGGUUGCCUCAAAAGAGGUUUUUGCUCUUCUAGCACCUCAUUGGUGGACUACUCACAUGCAGUUAUUGGGGGUGGUGUAGUUGGUCUGGCCAUCGCGGCAGAAUUGGCCAAGAUGGAGUCCACAUCAGUGAUACUCCUGGAGAAGCAUAACGAGGUUGGAACGGAAACAUCUUCGAGGAACUCAGAAGUCAUACAUGCCGGAUUGUAUUACCCUCCUGAUUCGCUGAAAACAAAGCUAUGUAUGCAGGGUAAAGAAAUGAUCUACUCUGAGGCCUCCAAGUACGGUGUUGAGCUUGCCAGAUGUGGAAAAUGGAUAGUGGCCCAGGAUGAAUCACAGCAUGAAUAUCUUGAUUCGAUGCAUACCAAGGCUCAAAGUUUGGGAAUCCCGACUGAGUUUAUUGAUCUGAAAGCAGCAUCGUCAAUUGAGCCCCAUGUUAGAGCGAGGGCCGCUAUAUUGAACUCUCCCUCAACAGGUAUCAUAUCUGCCCACUCUUUGAUGGAUUUCUUGCAGGCUGAGUUCCAAAGACACAACGGUGAUUUGGCUGUUGGGAGUGAAGUCGUUGGCAUAAACUAUGACAAGCAUCAGGGAGAAUAUACCAUCAAAUCCAGAUCCGAGGGCGAAGAGAUUGAAAUUUCAGUUAACUCGGUGAUCAACUCGGCCGGGCUGUACGCUUGCCAGAUCUCCAACAUGGUACUUCCAGAAUCCCGUCAUGUUGUUCCUUACUAUGCCAAGGGCAAUUAUUUUUCUCUGAACUCCAAAAUAAAGGUGAACCGAUUGGUCUAUCCAUGUCCUGAUAAAAGCGUGGUGCAGUCUCUGGGAACUCACCUGACCAUUGACUUGGGAGGACAGAUCAAGUUUGGACCAGACCUGGAAUGGGUCGACUCGCCAACAGAUUUCGGUGUUAGCUCUACGAAUAUUCAGCAAGCGUACAAUGCUGUUGUGAACUACAUUCCUGGAAUCAGACAAGAAGACCUGGCAGCGACAUAUGCUGGAAUACGCCCUAAACUAGCAGGACCUGCCGAAUCCAAGUUCCAGGACUUUAUUAUCCGUAAUGAGGAAGGAUUCCCAGGGUUUGUCAAUUUACUUGGGAUUGAAAGUCCGGGGCUAACUUCAGCAAUGGCGAUCGCCAAAUAUGUGAAAAGGUUGAUAUAG